AAUAGCAAAGAAUUGAAAAGUGUCAAUGGCGAGUGGUGCUAGUGCGAUGCAGCGGUGCACCGUCGCUGCGAGGUGGUUGAUAAGAGGAGCCUCGACGGAGACGCCGUCUUCUUGUUCCGGCGUAGCAGCUCCGAUAUUGUGCGGUCGCGGUGAUAAAAAGACGAAGAAAGGGAAGAGAUUCAAGGGAUCUUACGGCAAAUCUCGUCCGAAGAGGGAACAAAUGAUAGAGCGGAUGAAAGAUAAGGUUGAAGUUCCCAGGUCUACUCCUUGGCCUCUUCCUUUCAAGCUCAUUUGAUUUCAUUCAAUUCGAGUUGAUUCUCAAAUACUCUCUCUGCGUUCCAAAUGUACUCUAUUCCAAUUUUUUAGGGUUUUGAGGUCGUUAUUCAUGAACAAUGUACUAUCAUCAAUACCGUUUUCCAUUUCAAUGGAAUUUUUAAUUUUCGGCUUCA